AGAGCUGCGACAAGGAGAAAAUGGCGAGUGAUUUUGUUUUGGUUGUGGCGGCAGCACUGUCGAUCACUGCUGUACUAUGGAAGCUAUGGAGGAGUAGAAUUAAAUCAUCUCUUCUUCCUCCAGGUCCCAUUGGGCUUCCACUGAUCGGCCAUCUCCACUUGCUCUAUGCAAAUCCUCCGCACACCGUGCUCCAGAGGCUGUCGGCUCGCCAUGGACCGAUCAUGUCGCUGCGAUUCGGGCAUGUGCCAGUGGUUGUCGCCUCCAGCCCAGCGGCCGCCAAGGAGUUCCUCAAGACCCACGACGCCGCCUUUGCGUCUCGCCCGCUGAGUGCCGCCGGGAGGACCAUCGUCCACUACAACGCCGACAUCGUUUUCGCCCCCUAUGGUGACUCGUGGCGGCACUUGCGCAAGAUCGCGACGCUGGAACUCCUCACAGCUCGCCGGAUUGACAUGUUUCGGGGUGCGAGAAUGGAAGAAGUAAGAUCCAUGUGCCGAUCGCUACUAGUAGCAGACGAUCGCGAGAUGGGGGUCGUGGAUGUUCGUGGGCAAGUGACAGCGCUCACCUUCAAUCUCAUCACUUUGAUGCUCAUGGGCAAGCGUUACUUUGGCAAGGAUAUUGAGAAUGAGAAGGGGGCAAAAAAGUUUUUGGAGGUGAUUGCAAGCACGUUUAAGGUAUGUGGAGAGUUUCCAAUUGGGGAUUAUUUCCCGUGGCUUCCUAAAUUCUUGGAUCCGGCUGAACGUCGUAUGCAUUCCUUGGCUAAAUCUUUACAUGAAUUCCUCAGUGACAACAUCAUUGAGCAUGAAAACAAAAGAAAGAACAAGAAGAAGAAUAACAAUGAUGAAGAUUUUUUGGACAUCCUUCUCUCUCUAAAAGACAAUGGUGAUGAGCAUCUACAAAAUGAAAACAUCAUAAGUGUCAUGACAAACUUGGUCACGGCCGGAACCGACACCUCAGCAGUGACGCUCGAGUGGGCGAUGGCCGAGUCAAUAAAAAACCCCACCAUCGCCGCCAAAGCCCGAGAAGAAAUCGAGCUAGUUCUUGGCGAGAAGUGGAGGACAAAGAUGGUGGAAGAGCCUGAUCUUUCACAGCUAACUUAUCUCCAAGCCAUCGUCAAGGAGACACUCCGGCUGCAUCCUGCGGGACCGCUGCUGGUCCCCCACCAAUCCACCGAGGCGGUUAGCAAUGUAAUGGGGUACCAUGUACCGCGCGGCACGACGGUGCUCAUCAACGCCUAUGCCAUCGCCAGAGACUCUUCCGCCUGGGGUGAUGACGCGCUGCUCUUCCGGCCCGAGAGAUUCCUUGGCACAGAUCUGGACAUCCGGGGCAGGGACUUCGAGGCGGUGCCGUUUGGAUCGGGGCGGCGACAAUGCCCGGGAAUGGCACUGGCGCUCACCACUGUCCAUCUCACGCUCGCCAACCUCCUCCAUGGAUUCGAGUGGAGAGAGCCCAGCGGUGAGAGCAUCGACACGAGCAAGGAGCAGUAUGGAUUGACGCUGCUCUUGGCAAAGAAGCUGCGACUGAUCGCCACCCCACGGCUAGAACAAGGUACCUUAUAGCUCCGAUCCAAAGAAAGCUUGGAAGAAUAGCUUCCUUGAUAAACCAUGAAUAAGAAAGAAACCACGAACUUUGCACUAUCUCUCCAAACGGACACUGCCGGCCUCAUCAGGAGCCUCCUUGCGAAUGAGAUUUUUGCAUGGCAUGGACAUUUUUAUAA